CCUGUCAUUCUCCCUCCCCGUGACGUCACCAUCAUGGCAACAACAGCUGCGGCCGCCGCAGCCAGAGCCGUGAUCGGGGGAAUCGCGAGCCACGACCGGGGAGAGUGUGACAUGGGGCGCGAGGACCGGCGCGGGGGCGCGCCCGCCGCAUGAAGGUCCCCGGGGCAGGCCGCGUGUGACCGGUACCCUCGCACGUGACACGGAGCACUGGAAACACGUCCAGAAAGAGAGAGAGCGAGAGAGAGAAGGAGGGGGUGGAUAGAGGGCCCAUCUGCAGGAAUACAUACAUAUAGAUAUAUAUGCACACACCUAUAUAAUACACCUAUAGAUAUUCAGCACAGUUAGUGUACACAGAUAUAGAACAUAAGCUCUUACAUGUACCUGCACAUAUGUGUUAUAUUGCUCGCAGAUGAUUAUAUAUGACUGUGUGCUGAGAAUUAUAAUCAGUUGUCUUCUAUUUAGAAGCUGUAAAUAUAUAGCCGUCCCCCCAUAUAUACUCCCCCCUACACUCAUGUACAUGACAGUGCUGCUGCUGCUGGGCACACACUGACUGUUAGGGGAGUGAGCACAGGAAGGAGGGUGGGCUGCCCCGGGGAAGGGGCUCAGCCUCAGGAAGAUGUUUUCCCUGCGCUUGGUGACAGCGGAUUAUUAUUUGGCCACCCCAUUGCCAGGCCUUGAUGUCACCAAGUCCCACUUCAGAGACUGUGAUGUGCGAAGAGUGCCCGUGGUCAGAGUGUUCGGGGCCACCCCUGCAGGUCAAAAGACAUGUUUGCAUCUUCAUGGCAUCUUUCCCUAUUUAUAUGUGCCGUAUGAUGGGUUGGGUCAGCAGAAUCCAGAUCGCUACCUCCGCCAGGUAGCAUUCAGCAUUGAUCGGGCACUUAAUGUGGCCUUAGGCAAUCCAUCUGCCAACGUUCAACAUGUAUUCAAGAUCACAGUGGUGUCUGGAGUACCUUUCUAUGGCUAUAAUGAAAAGGAAAAGCAAUUCAUGAAGAUAUAUCUUUAUAAUCCAUCCAUGGUGAAAAGAGUGAGUGAGCUGCUGCAAGGUGGAGCUGUAAUGAAUAAGUGCUACCAGCCUCAUGAGGCCCAUGUCCCAUAUCUUCUACAGCUUUUCAUUGACUACAACUUGUAUGGGAUGAAUCUGAUCAAUCUUUCUGCUGUCAAAUUCAGAAGGGCGCGUAGAAAAGGAGAUGGAUCACAAGGCAUGAGAGUAGAGAAAGAUCCCAUCGGAGGAAGCUCCUUUACCGCUACGUUCAUGCAGUGGGAGGAAGAGGAUAUUCCAAGUUCUUUAUUUCUGGAGGGAGUAGUGCCGCAGAGUACCUGUGAGUUGGAAGUGGAUGCUGUAGCUGCUGAUAUUUUAAACCGUCAAGAAAUUGAAGCUCAGAUAGGAAAGAAUCCUGGUCUGCAAGCAAUAUGGGAAGAUGAGAAACUGCGUCGUAAAGAAAAGAAUCAAUCUUCUCAGAUCAGUCCACCAGAUUCACAAGAACGUGGAUUUAUGGCUGUGACAGAAAGUGAAAAAAUCUUUCAAAAGAGACUGAAAGAGAUCCUGAAACAAAAUGACUUCUCUGUGACCCAGUCACACUCUAUGGACUGCAGCAACAUGUCUGAUGAGUUUUCUGCAGAGCUGACGUUACAUUCACAGCUAAGCUCACAGGAGGACAUUCACUGUACACCAGCCAAUUUAGUGGAGGUGCACAGAGACCAGCAGAAAAAACCUGAGGCGUGUGAAGAGGAUAGCCAUACGGAUGCUGUGAUUGAUGAAGAAGCCAUUUUAAACAUCAUGGAAACAAGUCAAUGCUUCCAGCCCAUGUCUCAGAGGCUCAGUCAGUCUCCAGUUUUCUUGAAUAAUAGUCAAGAUCAAGCCAUGAUAAAACUGCUAGCUGGUCUAGAAGAUGAUGGUUAUCAAGUGGACCUAUCAAGGCGCUUGUCGCAGCACAGCUUUUCUGCAAGGUGCAGUAACAUGCAGAAUAGUGAUGAUGAGGAGAAUGAACCACAAGUGGAGAAGGAGGAAAUGGAGCUUAGCAUAUUAAUGUCUCAAAGAUGGGACAACAACAUGGAAGAACAUGAUGGUAAAAGAAACCUUGGUAAGAACAUUGAAGAAAGCUCGUCAGAAGAUGACGACUCCACAGACAAUGAAAUGGAGUGGAGUAGUAACAAACUGCUCCUUGCAAAUUUUUCCAUACCUCAAUUAGAUGGCACAGCAGAUGAAAACAGUGAUAAUGCGUUGAAUAAUGAAAGUACACUAACCCACUCUUCUGUCAUUGCGAAGAGCAAGUUGUCACUAAAGACCUCCAUCUUUCACAAAGAUGCCGCUUCACUGGAACCACAAUCUUCUGCCAAAACAGCGUUCCAGGUUCAGCACACAAGUGCCCUUUCAUCUCAUGUGUUGAAAAAAGAGGGUUUAAUAGAAGAGCUGUCUCAGUCGCCUAUAGAAAAGGGAGCUGAACUUUCCGUCCAUUCAUUUACAAAUGAUAGCACUUACAGUAUGAAAUAUCCAGCAACUUUCAGCAGCUCUGCUCAUUCAGAAAUCCUACAUAAAGAAGGAGUCAUGAAUGACAUUGUCUCUAUCUCCGCAAGUGACAAGAAUGUCUAUGAGGAUGGAAUCUCCUCAGUGAAUAGACAUCUGCAGUGCAGGAAAUUCACCAGCAUUAGAAAAGAAAAGGAUGCCACUUUUUUGCAUAUGAGCCGGCAUGGAAAUGAGGGAACAUUAGAUAGAACUCAGCGAAACUUCACAGAGUUGAGUAACAGCAAAGCUAAAAAAACUGCUGACAUGAGUGAUAAAUGUAAUGUUCCGCCUAAUAGCUUUGUUCACACAGCCUUAACUGAAAGUUGUGAUAGGACUCCAUGUGUUGAUGGUAGUAGAAUCACAGUGCACCCUGUGGAUACAGACCUUAAUGAAGGAUGCCUUAAUAAAAUGAAGGUACGAUAUGAAGAAUUUCAGGAACACAAAGCAGAAGUGACCAGUGUUAGCCAGCAGGUGACCCAUUACAAGUUUUUCCCCAGUGUUGUUCUUUCAAACUGUUUGAACCGGCCACAGAAAUCGGCGCCAGUAGCUUGCAAGCUUCAGCAGCCUAAAAAACAGUUAAGGUUAAAGCUUGCUAAAAAACUAAAGAGCAUUGUGAAUAAAGAGCAUAUAAAUGUAGCUGGUGAAGCAGAACUUCAAGAGUGUAUAGCACGUGACCCAGGAAAUGACCUUAAUCAAGAUCCACAGUCUCCAGUUAAACUUGAGAAUGCGGACUGCUCGGAUUUCCAAGAUACACUCAACGUAACUGACAUGGAAUUGGUAAAAGAUAGCAGUUAUGCCCCGGGUAAUGCAUGUAGCAAAAGUCCUCCUGAUGUUGACAGGGUACCAUCCUGUGACAUUGCGGUUAUGAUGGAUGAUGGUGCAUUUCAAGGAAACACUUGUGAAGUGAAUAGUUUUGAAUGUCCUUUUGACGAGGGUAAUGAAGAUUCUGAUCCAUCCUUGGCACUUUAUGGAAAUAAGUAUACUUUAAGGACAAAACGGAAAGUCAAUUUUGAAAUUGAGGAUGGGGAGGCAAACCUGGGUACAAGCAACUCAAAUGUUAAUCUACCUCAGCCUGUAGAAGCCAAUGAAUCUGCGGUACAAACUCAAAAGGGCCGCAAGAGGAGAAAGGUCUCCAAUAAGCUACCACCAGUAAUUAUAAAAUAUAUAAUUAUCAAUCGGUUUAAGGGCAGAAAAAACAUGCAAGUAAAAUUAGAAAAGCUAGAUCAUACUGAACAACAAGUAAAGUUAACGGAUAGCAAACUUACAUUUUAUAAUAAAAUGGCACCGUUAAAAGAUUUCUGGCCGAAAGUCCCAGAAUCCCCUGCAACCAAAUACCCAGUAUACCCAGUAGCACCAAAGAAGACCAAUAAAAGAAAAACAAAACCGAAAUCUGCUAAGAAAAAGCCUGGGAGAAUUCCAAAGACGGAGAGUAAACUCCCUAAGCGAUCCCUACCUCUAAGGAAAAAAAGAACUCGUAUUUUCCUUAUGCCUCCCAUGCCAUCAUAUAGUGUUGAAACAGAAGAUUGUGAUACAGACUACAAGGAUGUUAUGUCAAAACUUGGCUUUCUGACAGAAAGAAGUCCAAGCCCAAUUCAUAUGUCUCCUCCACGUUGCUGGUCACCAACAGAUCCAAGAGCUGAAGAAAUUAUGUCUAGCCCUGUUGAGGAUACUCCUUUGUUUAAAAAUUAUCCCAUAAGCAGUGUUAAGAAAGAAAGUCCAAUUGGUACUAAAAAGAGACCACGAAAACCACAAACAAACAAAACUAGGAAAAAAACAGCGGUAGGCUCUCCUUCUUCUGCAGUAGCAAAGGAAGGAAACCAAUUUAAUCAACUACAGGUGGGCAAAAAUGGAAAAAGACAAAAGGGGAAACCUAGACAGAAAAAAAGUGAAAAGGCUCCAAGGAAACAUACAAAAAUUAAAGCGCGAGAUAAGAGAGCAAAUCUUGAAUAUGCUGGAUCAGAACCAGUGAUUCAAGAACAUCCUGUGGCUCUGACUGAUGAUGCAGCAAAGUCAGAAUCUGCUUACCAGUCGUCACAGUUUUCUCUGUCUAGAUUUUCUACUGGACAUGUCCACUCUUCCCAGAUCUCAUCUGGCAGCACACAGGAAGUAUUACCGGAAAGCACACUUUCUUUAACUGGCACACCUAUAUCUGUUAACUCUCAGAGCUCCACUGUUGUGAAAGAGUCUAAUACUUCCUCAGUAUCUCUGCCAUUAAUUUCAAGUAUAGAGCCAUUUAAGAUAAAUACUAUAAGAACACCAUUUCCAAAUGUGUUUCAAACAAAAGAAUCAAAUGGAACUCAACAUACAGUCACAAAUCCAUUUAGUCGCCCAUCUCAGGUAAUACACAAUGCACAGUUCACCUUGAAUUGUACUCCUUUCACUCAAGAGGAUGCCACAGAAGUGCAGAAAAGGCUUUUAGCCUCUGUUGGUAAACUGCGAGACUCCCAAACCAUACCAGACUCUAUGCCUUUUGAGAAAUUACAAUCCAACCUUUUACCAUGCACAUUAAACAACCAGCAGCAGAUACCAUUACAAGACCAAGCUAAACAAUGUGACUCGAGUUCAUCUUUAGAAAGUCAGUUGCCUAAAAGUUCUUUGGUAACGUCUUUAAAAAACCCCAUCAAAAUGGCAUCUUGGGAGCAGAAAGAAUUGUUUGAUGGAACACAAUUUACUCAGAGACUGAAUCAAAACUGCUUACCUGAUAUAUUUUCCUGCACCAAAAAACUCCAUAACUCUUUGAAAACAGGUGCUUCACAAGGGAUCAUUGAUGCACAGUGUGGAAUAGCUGUUCUGAAAGAAUUGUUGCACAAAAAGCAACUGAAAGUGAAAACAGAAGAAUCCAAUUCUAAUAUUCAAAGCAGUCCGUCUUCUCAGACUGAACAAAAGUGUACUAAUAAAAAAUCCCGGUGUGGAACACCCAACAAAAAACCUAGGGCUCCUCGGCGCACAAAACCAAAAGCUGCUAAGAAUUUGAAACUCGACUUGGUUAAACAUCAAAGUGAUCGACAGAUUAAAAGCUCUGAUGGCAGCCCUGGCAUUUUUGCUGACCCUGGUUUUGAAAGUUGUUACUCACUUGAAGACAGUUUAUCUCCUGAGCAGAACUACAACUUUGAUAUCAAUUCUGUAGGGCAAACUGGUCUUUGCAGUUUGUACACUGGCAGCCAGUUUAUUCCAGCAGAUAAAAAUUUGCCUCAAAAAUUUCUGAGUGAUCCCUUUCCUGGGAACUCUACAGAGCAUGAGCUUAUAAAACAUGAAAGCCAACAAACCGAGCAGAACAAUGUCCUUACUUUGGAUCAGCAAAUACAAAAACCUAGCUCUCUAAGCCCAGACUUGUUUGAAAAAUCGUCUGUUGAUAUUACACAAAACCCUAUCCUUAAGCAAUGGAAAAAUGGUUUACUUACUCAAAAUUUCCAUCAUUCGCCUUUGAUAGAUGGAGCUUUUUCUUCUAAGACAGACCUUAAAAACAGCAAUUGUAGACAGCAUAGUAAUGGUUUUCUGAAAGAGGCCUCAUUUAAUGCAGCUCAGUCAGAAUGGGUUCAUACACAAAUAAAUAGUGAGACUAAAGUCACAAUGUUUGAGAUUUGCCAUCAACCAAACUCUUUUACCGGACUUGCAUCUUCUCCAGAAACAGAUUUUAUGGAAGGAGACUUAGAACUAUAUAUUUCAAGGCACAGUGGUGUAUUGACUCCAACUCCUGACAGUUCACCAAGAUCUAUGAGUUCCCCUUCUCAGUCCAAGAACGGGAGUGCUACACCACGACCAGUACACAUUUUAAAGCCUUUAAUGUCACCACCAAGCCGUGAAGAAAUUAUGACAACUCUGUUGGAGCAUGACCUAAUGGAAACAAUUUAUCAAGAACCAUUCUUCAGCAACCCGUCAGAUGCUCCAGAAAAGCCAAGAGAGGUCGGAGGAAGAAUUCUCACAGUUGAGACAAAACUUGCACAUAAUCUUCCUGAGUUUGAAGGGGAUUUUUUAAUGGAAGGACUGAGACUAUGGAAAACUGCUUUUUCUGCAAUGACUCAAAACCCAAGGCCAGUAUCUCCUACUCGAAUGACCAGACUGGUCAUGGAACAAGAGAAAAAUAAGCUGAAUCCUGAUGAUGAUAAAAAGGUGGUGAUCAUGCCCUGUAGAAGUGCACCUGCUCCUCAGAGGGUCCAACUAUGGCUCCAGGCCAAAGAGCUCUACGAGUCCUCUAAGACAUCAGGAAACUGUCCAUUACCUAAAGACGCAAAUAGUGGAAAGAAUAUCAAGACAGCUGCUGUGCCCAAUGGUUGCAACAGCUUGCCUCCAAAAGAAAUACAAAUUUUAUUGGCGCAACCUGCAAGUGUAGAAGAUCAACCAGCUAAUGAAAAUAAUGUAAUGAUCCAUAUAGCCAGUCCUCCCCCAUCUCUCCACCUUUCAGACUGUGUAGAGGUAGAAGGUGGAGUUGACGUAUUGCCUGUUCAAGCUGAAAUGGAAUUGAGUUAUAGGACUAAUGACAAUGAAUUAUCUGAUAACUGUAUUUCUCCAGAAUCUCCAAUUUUGACACCUUGGCAGAAUCCUGCAACUCUGGAUAAUAAAUUAUCAUCACCGGUUGAAGUCAGAAUGGCAGAGGACAGUAAGCAGUCGGUGAGGAAUGUGAAAAGUGAACUUAGAGAGUUAUCAACACCUUCUCCUCCUCCAUUUAAACAGAAGAGACACAAAUCCAAACAUGCGUGUCUACAUAGUACACCUGUUGCAGAAAGGAGGACGGAAGUAGCCUCUCCGGAUAUGACCCGGCUUUCUCCUUUACUUUCAGAAACACGAAUGCAAAAGAUGAGUCAGAGAAGAGGCUCAAACCCUGAUAAACUGCGCAGAGUACUUCUGACUACUCAGAUGAAGAAUCAGUUUGCUGCUAUGGAGCAUUUAAAGAAAGAAACGUCUCAGAUUGAGGGCCCUUCUCUCAAUAACUCGUAUGGCUUUAAAGUCACUGCGCAAAACCUACAAGAUGCAAAGUCCUUGCAUGAGGUUCAGCACCUAACCCUCAUGUGUAUGGAGUUACAUGCGAGAACUCGGCGAGACUUGGAGCCAGAUCCUGAAUUUGAUCCCAUCUGUGCUCUGUUUUACUGCCUGUCCUCAGACUUCCCGCUGCCUUACAGUGACAAAACAGAAAUUACUGGUGCCAUUGUGAUCAGUCAAGAAGCUACUGUUAAUGAAGAUAGCAGAAUAUCAGUACUGACCAGAUCUGGCAUCACAGGCUUCCAAACUACAUAUGCUGCUGAUGAAAAAGAACUGUUUGAGAAGCUACUAAACUUGAUCAGGAGGUAUGAUCCUGAUAUUCUGCUGGGAUAUGAAGUCCAAAUGCACUCCUGGGGUUAUCUCUUACAGAGAGCAUCUGCCCUGAAUGUUGAUCUUUGCCAGCAAAUGUCUAGAAUUCCUGAGGAUAAAAAAGACAACCGAUUUACUGCUGACAAAGAUGAAUAUGGUGCCGACACGAUGAGUGAAAUAAAUAUAGUUGGUCGGAUUGUCUUAAAUGUUUGGAGGAUGAUGAGAACUGAGGUGGCUCUGACUAAUUACACCUUUGAAAAUGUGGCCUUCCAUAUACUACACCAGAGGUUCCCUCUGUUCACUUCUCGAACUUUAUCAGAUUGGUUUGAUAAUAAGUCCGAUAUGUACAGAUGGAGGAUGACUGACCACUACAUGAGUAGAGUACAUGGAACACUUCAAUUACUAGAACAGUUGGACUUGAUUGGGAGAACCAGUGAACUGGCAAGACUGUUUGGGAUUCAGUUUUUACAUGUUUUAACGAGAGGAUCACAGUACCGAGUUGAGUCAAUGAUGCUACGCUUGGCAAAGCCAAUGAAUUAUAUCCCGGUAACUCCCAGCACCCAGCAACGUUCUCAGAUGAGAGCCCCACAGUGCAUCCCGCUCGUGAUGGAGCCAGAGUCUAAAUUCUACAGCAACUCCAUUUUAGUGUUGGACUUCCAGUCCUUAUACCCCUCCAUAGUGAUUGCUUAUAACUACUGCUACUCCACCUGCCUGGGGAACAUUGAGAAUCUGGGAAAGUGUGAGGAGUUCCAAUUUGGCUGCACAUCCUUAUGCGUUCCUCCAGAUCUACUGUACCAGCUACGACAUGAUAUUACAGUAUCCCCUAAUGGAGUUGGUUUUGUUAAGGCGUCGGUCAGAAAAGGGGUGCUGCCAUUAAUGCUAGAAGAGAUUUUGAAGACUCGAAUAAUGGUGAAACAGUCCAUGAAAGAAUAUAAACAUGACAAAAGCCUUACACGGCUACUUGAUGCCCGACAGCUGGGACUGAAAUUAAUUGCCAAUGUCACAUUUGGCUAUACUGCUGCUAACUUCUCUGGGAGAAUGCCUUGUGUGGAGAUUGGAGACAGUAUUCUCCAUAAAUCACGGGAGACUUUGGAACGGGCUAUUAAACUUGUCAACGAUACAAAGAAAUGGGGAGCAAAAGUGGUGUAUGGUGACACGGACAGCAUGUUUGUACUGCUGAAAGGUGCCACAAAAGAACAGUCCUUCAAAAUCGGACAAGAAAUUGCUGAAGCUGUCACGGCCACAAACCCAAAACCAGUGAAACUGAAGUUUGAGAAGGUGUAUCUCCCAUGUGUUCUGCAAACCAAGAAGAGAUAUGUGGGUUAUAUGUAUGAAAGUCUUGAUCAGAAGGAUCCAGUUUUCGAUGCAAAGGGGAUAGAGACAGUGCGAAGAGAUGCCUGUCCUGCUGUCAGUAAGAUACUUGAACGUUCUAUUAAGCUGCUAUUUGAGACAAGAGAUAUAAGUCAAAUUAAACAGUAUGUCCAGAGACAAUGCAUGAAGCUGUUGGAAGGAAAGGCCAGCAUGCAGGAUCUAAUCUUUGCCAAGGAGUACAGAGGAAGUUUUGCGUACAGACCGGGAGCCUGUGUGCCAGCCCUAGAACUCACAAGGAAGAUGGUAGCGUAUGACCGCCGCUCUGAGCCACGUGUUGGAGAACGAGUGCCAUAUGUGAUAGUAUACGGUACACCUGGAGUGCCCCUUAUCCAGCUUGUGAGACGGCCCAUUGAUGUCCUCCAAGAUCACAAUCUAAGGCUGAAUGCAACCUACUACAUCACCAAGCAGAUACUGCCGCCACUAAAUAGGAUCUUUUCGCUGAUAGGAGUUGAUGUCUUCAGUUGGUACGAUGAGUUACCAAGGAUCCAGAAGGCAUGUUCAACAGCACGAAAUGAAAUGGACGGAAGAAAAGGCACAAUCUCUCAGUAUUUUACCACUUUACAUUGUCCUAUCUGUGAUGAGCUGACUCAACAUGGGAUCUGUGAUAAAUGUAGAAGUCAACCACAGCAUGUAGUAGUGAUUCUCAAUCAAGAAAUUAGAGAGUUGGAAUAUAGGCAAAACCAACUAGUCAAGUUAUGCAAGAAUUGCACAGGCUGCAGUGAUCAACAGAUCCAGUGCGUCUCCCUCAACUGUCCAGUACUUUUCAAGCUCUCAAGAGUGAGCCGGGAGCUCUCCAAGGCUCCAUAUCUACGUCAGCUCCUUGACCAGUUUUGAAAUGUGUUAGGAGGUGACCGGUGCUAUAUCUUUCUAUGUUUAUCACACUACAAACUUGUGCAUGGUGCUGUUUUGGAUUGCAUUGCUUUCAUGAUUUUUAUAAUUUGUUUACUAUGACUAUUAUUCAAAGUAACACUCAUCUCCAUCAGUGCUGGGGGUUCAAUUUUAAUUGCUAUGUAUUGCUAUCUUUUUACAAUGUACAAAGUAUUUUCUUUUCUUUCGUUUGACUUUGUAACAUACAGUUUUAUAAUGCAGGUGUUUGAACAAGCUAGAGGAAUCGUUGUGUAAAUGCGUUUCUUACGAUAGGCUUCAGUGACUUCCUGGCUUGCUGCUUGGGCAGGAGCACUGGCAAGCAGAAUGCACCUCUCUAGAUACAUCAUUAUCAGGACUCAAUUCUAGAGCACCCAUAUCAUUUCUAAGUUCAAGUGCAAAAUAUUUUGUAAAUAUACCUUUUUUACUUUUGAAACAACUGAGUAAAAUAAUGUGCAAUGGGAUUUUAUACAGUCGGUUGAUGUGUGUCCUCCACGUUUUGCUCCGCUCAUGACAUCUUUUGUUAUUUUGAUGUGCAAAUCGUAUUUCUGUGUAACAUUUCAGACAUUUUUAAUUUUCUUAUAAAAAGAAAAAAAAAAAACCAGAAAAUAAAAAAGUAUAUUGCUGUCUUGCUUUAGCUGUUGAUGGGGCAUUGUGAGGAACUGUGCAAAGACCUUUUUUGUUAUAAAACUGUGGGACUGUUGCAAUACUUUAAAUAUAAGAUUUAUUCCAUUUUGCUUGUUUUGUAUAGACAUUUUUAUGGUUUCUAAAUAUGCUUAUAAUAUUUUUUUCUUUCCUUAUGUACAGUUAAAUCUUAUUUGCCAUCAUCCUGAACACAACAGUGUAUUUAGAUUAUUUGUAUAACUGUAUAAAAUUAAAAAAAAAGGAAUUA